UGAUUUCCUUCCCCCCCCCCGCGACUGGCAGCGUCACAGCUGCACCGGUCGCUGCAGUCAGGAGAGACGUAGUAUGCAGCCGUUUCGGGGACUACAGGUUUAGUUUUAAGAUCUGAUGGAAGAGGCAGGGAAGGCCCGCUGCUUCAAGCAGGCCAAGGAGCGAGUCAAGGUGGCCGAGGAUCCGGAGAACUGGAGGAGCCACGCACGCGCCAAUGCUCUUGAAUACGGCAGAGGUUACGGCUCGAAGCCCGACAAGGGCUUCCGUGAAAAGAAAGGUACCCCACGGGCCUAUGGCAUCAGUCCCAGAGGUGGUGGGCAUAGUCCUUUGAGCCGCAGCCCUGGUGAGUUUCGCCAUGCUGGCCAGAAGACUCGGGAUCACAGGGAGGGUUUUAGGAAAUUUCCAGCCCCUGAGUCAUACAGCUCCCAAGAGAAAAGCUGGAGAGAGCGUCCAUCAGGUCAUGUGGCUCGCUGGAGAAAGGAUUCCUAUCAGGAGGAGGGUGAAGAUCUGGUCAAGCCUCUGGAGACCAGUAGUAUUAGGAAGUGGAGGAAGGAUACAGCCACCCAGGAGACGCUUGAUUCCGUAACUCACAACUCAGGGCACAGACGAAGAGUGAGAGAGAGGAAGAGAGAUCAUAGUCAGAGAGAUGAGGAAGGGGGUGCUCCCUUGGUCGAUGAGGGAGAUCUUUCGGAAAUUAAGCUCCAGGCUUUUCGACGAGCUGAGGAGAAAUUGGGCAAGGAGGGAAUAUUCCAGCUGAAAAAUCGUCUUCGAAGCAGCCCUAGAGCGUGUUACAAUUGUACCCUGUGUGAUGUGUUGCUGGACUCUGUGCCCGAAGCUCAAAAACACAUGAAGGAGAAGUGGCAUAAGAAGAGAGCAAGGGACCGACGUGAGGAGGUAAUGCUCUGUGAGAUCCUGCCGCCAGGGGAGCAGCAGUCCCAGGAGGUGGGCAGUGCCGUCCAGAGAGAGGUGCUGAAGUAUGCUUUGACUGACAAAGAUGUUGAGCAGAGGCGUCAUAUUGUUCUGUCCAUGGAAAGAGUUGUCAGAUCCGUCCUGCCUGAAUGCUCACUGAGGUUGUAUGGAUCAUCUUGCUCUAGAUUGGGUUUCAAAGAGUCAGAUGUUAACAUAGACAUCCAGUUCCCAUCUCAUAUGCACCAGCCAGAUGUGCUGUUGGUGGUCCAGGAGAGCCUUUCAAAGAGCUCCCUCUUUGUGGACCUGGAAGCGGACUUUCAUGCAAGGGUUCCUGUGGUGGCUUGUAAAGACAAAGAGAGUGGUCUGAUGUGUAAGGUGAGCGCAGGCAAUGAAAAUGCUUACCUGACUACAGUAUACCUGUCAGCACUGGCCUAUCAGGAGCCUCUUCUUCUCCCUCUGGUUGUAGGGUUCAGGCAUUGGGCCCAGCUUUGCCACAUUGACCAUCCUGAGGAAGGUGGGCUUCCUCCAUAUGCCUUGGCCCUUAUGGUCAUCUACUUUCUGCAGCAACGCAAGGAGCCUGUUCUGCCUGCAUACCUGGGUUCCUGGAUUAAGGAGUUCUCCAUAAACAAAGUCAAUGAUUUUCGUCUGACUGGUGUGGAGAAUGGACACGUACUGUGGGAAUACAGUCCUGUCCAAGAUGAAGCCUCACCCUCUUCUCAGAAGUUCCAUAAGAAGGGAAAGUCCCCAUUGGUCUUUAAAGAUCAUCAGUGCACUGUGACGCUGGGCCAGCUUUGGAUUGAAAUGCUGCGUUUCUAUUCGCUGGAGUGUGAUAUGACAGACCGUGUCAUCAGUGUCCGCAUCAGCGGUUUUUUCUCCCGUGAGUCAAAGGACUGGCCUAAGAAGAGGAUUGCCGUAGAGGAUCCUUACGCAGUGAAGAGGAAUGUUGCGCGGACAGUCAACAGUCAGGUGAUGUACGAGUACAUCCUCCACUGCCUGAAGACUACUUACAAGUACUUUGCCCUGCCCCUGGAACAGCAGAACACACAGCACACCUGUGAGAAGUCAAAUGGGCCAAGUUCAGCCCUUGUCUUCCUGGAUGGACAAGAUAAAGUCACUCAGAGACCACAAGAAGCCAUUUUUUCCAAAGUGGAGUUAUGUGCAAGUGAUGGUUCUCUAAUCCAGUCACAGCUGAACAGCCUUAGUUUGGAAUCUUCUGUAGUCAAUGGGCAGACAGACGGUGUGAGUGUCACCACACAGUCCAGUGGAGUGGGUAAAGGAGGUGGAGCUGGGUUCCUGGAGGAUUUAGACCAUGUGGGGGAAGGGGUGAUGAGUGAGGACCUGAAUGAGAGUGACUGUGACAGAGGUGAGGCAGAGUCGGACAGCGAGGAUGUGGACCCCACUCACCUGCUCCACUUUCCUCAGGAGCAGGAUAUAGAGACUGAGAGUCUCUCUGGCUGUGAGUCACCCCUUCUGAGGGGCAACACUCAUGACCCUGAGAGACUAGAUAGGGAAGAUGAGGACUCUGGAAGCACAGAUGAGCCCUUGGGCAACCAUAAGAGACUGACCUUCCAUGAGAAUCAGUCUGAUGAUGAUGAAGAAGAGUACCCCAGGCAACAUCUUGACAGCUUUACCACAGAGGAAGAGCAAUACCUGGUAGAUGCUGUCUCAGGGGAUGACCUUCUGUCUGAAGAGGAAGAGCCACAAGAAAUGAGGCCAGUCAGAGAAGUAAUUUCAGCGGAAGGUGUUCUUGCUACUGUUGGUCAGACUGAAUCUGUUGAACAUGGAAUGCCUUUGGAGGCUCCUACCUAUGAGUUCAGCAAGCAGGUCUUCACUCGUGGAAAGUCGCACACCAUUGUUUGCAGUCUCUGCAAGCAUGAUGGACAUCUGAAGCGUGAUUGUCCUGAAGAUUUCAAGAGGGUUGAGCUAGACACUCUUCCUCCUAUGACACCAAAAUUCCUCAGAAUCCUUAAUGAAGUUUGCAUACAGUGCUAUAGAGAUUUUGCACCAGAUGAUCUUGAAGAGAAAGUUCGUGAGCAUAUUCUGCAGGACUUGGAGAAGUUUAUUAGGCAUCAGUUUGAAGGAGCAAAGUUAAGGCUGUUUGGAUCAUCAAAAAAUGGGUUUGGAUUUAAACAGAGUGAUCUGGAUAUUUGCAUGGUCCUGGAAGGACAGGAGACCUCAGAGGGUCUUGACUGCCUUUCAAUCAUAGACCAACUUGCUAGACUUUUGAGGAAGCACUCGGGUUUGCGCAAUAUUCUACCAAUUACAACUGCAAAAGUCCCUAUUGUGAAGUUCUUCCAUGUGAGGUCUGGUCUGGAGGGAGACAUAAGUCUGUACAAUACGCUGGCUCUACACAACACCAGACUCCUGGCAUCUUAUGCCACAAUUGACCCCAGAGUGAAAUACCUGUGUUAUGUUAUGAAGGUGUUUUCCAAAGUAUGUGAUAUCGGCGAUGCGUCGCGGGGAAGCCUCUCCUCCUAUGCCUACACAUUGAUGGUGCUGUUCUUCUUGCAGCAGAGGAACCCCCCAGUCAUACCUGUGCUUCAGGAGAUUUAUGAUGGCCCCAAGAAACCUGAAAUCCUGGUGGAUGGUUGGAAUGUUUACUUCUUUGACAAGCUGGAUGAGUUGCUGCAGCGCUGGCCACAAUAUGGCAAGAAUACAGAGAGUGUGGGAGAGCUAUGGCUUGGCCUUCUUCAGUUCUACACGGAGGAGUUUGACUUCAAGGAACAUGUCAUUUGCGUGCGCAGGAAGCAGCUGCUCACCACCUUUAAGAAGCAGUGGACUUCCAAGUACAUUGUCAUUGAGGAUCCUUUUGACCUGAACCAUAACUUGGGUGCUGGUUUGUCUAGAAGAAUGACCAAUUUCAUCAUGAAAGCCUUCAUCAAUGGAAGAAGGGUUUUUGGGACCCCAGUUAAAGUCUUCCCUGUGGAAUACUCCUCAAAAAUGGAAUACUUCUUUGACCCAGAGGUGCUUACAGAGGGUGAACUGGCACCAAAUGAUCGCUGCUGUAGGAUCUGUGGAAAAGUAGGCCACUUCAUGAAAGACUGUCCGCUGCGCAGAAAAAUGCGACAUAAACAUGAUCAUCCAGGGCCUGAAGAUGGCGCAGGGGGUAGGUGGCACCGUGGAGACCAGGACCGGGUGUGGGUGGAGCCCCAGGAAAGUCCCAGAGACCAAGCCCCUCGGCAGGGUGACAGGUGGAAAAGGCAGGAGGAGAAGCGUUGCUUCAUCUGUGGCUCCUCUAGUCACAUCAAAAAGGAGUGCCCUGCCUACAAAGGUCCCGCAGGAAGCCCCAGACCUGAAGGCUCAUCUUUCCCUGCCUCCCCUUUGGCUUCGAGUCAUUUGAAGGGCUUUGGAGAAAGACAGAGCUUGCCCCAGCAGGAAGAGAAGCGGAAGCAGAAGCAGCAGAAAAUUAUUUUGAGUCCUCAAGCAGGCAGCUUGGCAAACAGACACAUGACUCAGGGAAGGGCCUCUCAGAAGAGGAGCCCUUUGGAGUGAUGAGGCAUAGUUUUACUUUAAAGCCAAAUCAUGUCAAAUGUUUGAUCAACUGUGUGUACAUUACAUGGCAAGGAGAGUACAUAACUACCUAAGCCAAAGGAUGUUUUAUGUUUUUACCUAGACUCCAUCCAAAAGGAGUUUUAUUCAUUCACAUUUUAAAACUAAAUCCAUGAUGCAUGCUGUUGAUUUAAUUUGUUUUAUUUUAUUUUUAAUUGUUUUUGUCAUGUGCACUGUGUAAAACCUUCAUACCUAUAGCAAGGACAUGAUAGUGCAUCUUUAAAUUCAUAAGGCAGGGUAUGAAAUGUAUUUGGAAUUUUUUUAAAAAAAAAAAAAAGGAAGAAAUCGAGGACUUAAGCCUUUUCUCUAGAGGGGGGAAAAAUGUUUUGCUAGAUUUCGUUACUGCUGAGCUUUUGAUAUAAUGGGAAUUUGAACCUCAUUUCCCACAAAUUUGCUGCUAUCUUUACUACUGUCUGUGAAAGCUGCAACAAAAAUAAACAUUUCUUAAACUAGGUCUCAUUUCU